CCAAACAGCCAGUCGGUUGUUUUAGGGUCUGAUAGCAGUUUUUCUGAGCGUAUCCGCCUCUUAGCACCUCAGCGGAUCUUCUCAUGCAGUCUGGCAGAAAUGGUCCCGACUGCACUGUGAGCUGAUAGGCCUGGUUCGCCUUAAAGCUAGUAGCAAUCAUGAAUGAAAUUGAUUAUAUUCAUCAGAACAGCUCUGAAAGUCUGCUUUUCGAGGACAAAGAACAAAUGAAACAGCUCGGUGCCCUUCAGGAUGUUGGUAGAAACCGAACAGCUGAUGAUGAGCAGCUGUUAAUGAUUAAAGAAGAGCGACCCUUUGAUUGGAACUCCAGUGAAGACGAGCAAGACCCAGAGCACUUCCACAUGAAGGAGGAACACGAGGAAGUCUGGACCAAUCAGGAUGAAGAGCAGCUUUAUGGAGAGGAGGAUCUCACCAGUUUCCCCUUAAAUGUUAUUGUCAAGAGUGAAGAUGAAGAAGAAGAGGAAUAUCAGUCUUCACAUCUUUAUCAUAGGCAAACUGAACACAAUAGUGAGACAGAACCUCUGAGCGGUAGCUCAGUUCAGUUUAUAAAAACAGAACCCGAAGAUGAAAACUGUUCUGGACCAGAAUCAACAAGAAAGCCCGGUCUAAACAAUUACCUUCAGAUAAAAACAGCUGGAAAGGCUUCUGACUCUUCUGAGACGGAAGUCAGUGACAAUGAUGACCACUGGCAGGAACCGCUGCCGGAUUGUGGAGCAGAAAUUAGACGCAAAGGUUUGAAUGAGGGCAGAACAGCUGAUUCAGGAGACACAGCCAAGGCGCUGUAUAGCUGCUUCGAGUGUGACAAACAAUAUUUCUACAAGCAAUCCCUCCAUAGACACAUGAAGUGUCAUUCUUCCAGUUCGGAUAAAACAAAUCGCUGCGUUGGCCAGAAAAACUCUGAUUCAGACCCAGCAGUGGCGAAGAAAGAGAAAGUGUUCAUUUGUGACGUCUGUGGGCAUGGAUUUAACCAAAGGACAAAUCUUACCACGCACAAGAGAGUCCACACAGGCGAGAAACCGUUCAGGUGUGAAGACUGCGGCAAAAGAUUUAACCAACGAGGUAAUCUGCGCAAUCAUAAGCGAAUCCACACAGGAGAGAGGCCGUUCAUAUGCGACUUCUGUGGCGAGAGGUUCAGGAAUCAGGGGAUUCUGCAGGCGCACAUGAGGGUCCACACCGGAGAGAAGCCUUUUGUUUGUGCCGUCUGUGGCAGGAAAUUUUCCCGUAAAACGCAUUUUGAGACUCACAUGAGAGUCCACACAGGAGAAAGGCCGUUUAGCUGUGGUAUCUGCGGCAAAGAUUUUCGCCAUAAGCUGCAUUACCAGGAGCACAUCCGGGUCCACACCGGAGAGCUGCCGUUUCCUUGUGAGGUUUGUGGAAAGAAAUUUCGACUUCAGUGUAAUUUAAAGAGACACCUGAGAGUUCACACGGGUGAGAAACCCUUUGGCUGUGACGAAUGCGGUAAGACGUUCAGUUGCAAAUCACAUCUUAAGCGGCACACAAAGGUCCACACGGGUGUGCGGCCCUUCUCCUGCGAGAUUUGUGGCGAUACGUUUGCAGAACCGGGAGCUGUGAAGAGCCACAUCCUAGUCCACACGGGAGAGAAGCCGUUCGAGUGCGACGUCUGUGGGAAAACGUUUAGACAAAAAAGCACGCUUACGAGGCACAAAGUCGUUCACACAGGAGAGAAACCGUUCUGCUGUGCUUUGUGUGGUGCAAGAUUCACACAGCAGUGUAAUUUAAAGACUCACAUGAGGCUCCACACAAGAUGAAGCAAGUCAAAUUUUAAUUAAUCUGUUUAUAUGUAGAGCUUUAUCUUCUACUCAUAUCUGUAUGUUUACAGUGAUUAUACCCUGAGUGAUUACUAUAUGUUUUCUGAUUAACUUCAGCAGAAUAACUGACAUAAACUAUAAGGAGUGAAGUUUCCAUUCACCUGGAAACUCUCCUGCUUUACGUCUUCAGCCAAGUCCCCCAGCUCCUCAGAUCCACAGACUGAUCUUCUUAAUUUUGGUUUAACACAUGCUUUUUCCAGUUUGUAUUUUCCUGCUUCCUUUAGUCUUAGCAGAAGGACAGACUGAAGGGAAGGAAUCAAUGAUGUAUGAUGUGAGGAUCACUGCAGGAAGGAAAACCUUUGGAUAGGUGCAAUAUUUGCAUUAGAAUGAGUGAAACAUUGUGUCCCAGAGCUCUUAAUCCGAUUAUUCCAUGCAACACGUAAACAGUAAUAAUUUCAUUGGAGGAUUGUCUUAUUGUGGACUAAAAAAUCAAUAAGGUAAUAGUAUAAAAAUGAGGGGCUGCACAGUGGCGCAGUUGGAAGCACUUGCCUUGCAGCAAGAAGGUCCUGGGUUCGACCCCGGCCGGGGGUCUUUCUGCAUUGAGUUUGCAUGCUCUCCCCACACGUGUGGGUUCUCACUGG